GAUUUAAUAAGCUUUGUAUCCCUGGAAUAGGGGAUACUGAUCUCUUUCUGAAGUUUAUCCGGAGGACAUACUUUCAAAAUAGGGCUUUUGAUGUUUAGAAUAGAAGAACUAAAAGCGACAUUAGCUGUUCUCACACAAAGAAAAUGUUUGAGUUUUUUGUUUUAUUAAAUUGCAGUUGUAAUUUGUGUCCCAGAGGGCUCAGGAACAACGCCCAUGUUCCGAUCGAAAUCCGAAGUGCUAGCUGGCAUUGCAGCACAAAUCCUCGUUCAAAUUGGGUCAUCUCUCAUGCCUGUCAAGGUGAUAGAUCCUUAUAGAAGGACCCUGCCGACGUCGCAGGGAGUAGCACUGUCUCGUGUUAAUGUCGUCAUUAUUAUUUUAUUAUUAUAGUUUUUAAUUCGCUAUCUGUUAUCUGACGUGCUGGUUGUUUGCCGCUUUUUGGGCGACACAUGAGCGUAGAAAGGUUCAUCAUUAUAAGACGUGAUCACAGCCCGCUGUGUUAAGGAGCCGGAGGAGAGGCGCUCAGCAUCCGACAUGCCGUCUGUGCCUCAGUCAAGGUGACACGCCUGAGCGGGGCGGGCGGACGGCGGCGGUCCGGGCGGAGCUGUGCAGGGAGCGCCGACAUCACCGUACCGUUACCCGCAUUUAGCUUUCCUUUGGUCACUGCCCGUGUCUGCAUGUGCGCUGCUCCGUCUGGCCGCAGGACUCGCCCGAGCGUCACCGGCAGCGUGAUUCACGUCGGCUGCCAGCUGUCCUCCAGGGUCCUGGAGCGGGGACCGAGCUCGGAGAGUGUCCGCAAAGUCCGGCGAGCCCUGGAGGACUGCCGGAUGACCGUCUCCGAGUUCAAUAACCUGGUGGCGCUAUACCGUGAACUCGUCAUUUCCAUCGGCGAGACGGCAACCGACUGCGCCUCCGUGCGGGGGGAGAUGUGCAGGACCAGGACGGGAGCCUGCGAGACAGCGCUGGCGGCGCAUCACAGCCUGUCCCUCAUCCCGGGCCCAGAGGAUGGAGGUAUCCCUCUGGACAUUUGCAGGCUCUUCAUCCAGCUUCAGUGCUGUCUAGAGAUGUUCAUCACCGAGAUGUUGAAGGCUGCAUGCCUAUUGAGCUCCCUGCAGCUGUACAGGAGAGGGUGUGAGGACAUGGAGCUGAAAGUGGAAAUCAAGGCUGAUGAAAGCUCUGACACCCCUAUUCUUCAAGAAAGUUCCUCCUCACCUACAGAAGGCUCACAACGUGGUUGGCUGGUGGGCGUGGACAUUAAGAACACAGAGAGAGACAUGAAGCAGAUGAGAAACCUUCUCAGCAAACUCAGGGAGACUAUGCCUUCACCCUUGAAGAACCAAGAUGACAGCAGCCUGCUGAACCUCGCUCCGCAGCCACUGAUCAGACCGAGGAAGAGCCGCAUCUUGAGGUUCUGCUGUCCUGCUAGGAGUUUGCACCCUGAACUCUGAGCCGUGGCCAAGGGGGAAUAUAGUCCUCAGUCAUGCACCUCCUUCUUCAGCCAAUACCACCAAUUCCAAACUGGCUUUUCUUCUGUUGAAAAGCAACUUUUUUUGUAUUUUUUGUAAAUCACAGUAUAUAAUGCAGCUGCAGACAUAACACUUGAUAGAUCUUUUAUUUAUGUAGUAAGAUGAACCAGAUUGUCAUUUAUGCUUUGCAUCUGAUUGCCUUGCCGCAAGUGCGAAACAUUGAAUCAGGUUGAAAGGAGCAGUACAGCUUGAGAGUGUGAAUGUAUCAUUAUGAUUAGCGCUCUGUUAGGGCCAUGAGACGUGUGAAACCGCAGCGGCCCACAGCCAAGGUCCACGCUGAGGAGAACCGCAGUUACUCAUGCGAAGUGAUCAGCCACCAACCAAGCAGCUACAAAGCAGGAAUUGCAUUAACAUUUUUGUUACAGAUUUUAUAAUUCCGUAAACAACCAUUUAUUUUGUGCCAUUCAUUUUGUCUUCCAUGUGCCAUGAUCCUGUACCUCUUUUGAAUUUUUCAUUCCAAGGAAAAUAAAGUAUUACGCCUAAAAGAUA